UGGCUGGGGGAGGAGUUGCCGUCCGAUUGCUUUGGAACAGUAUUACUUGGAAGACAAUCCACUUUUCAUGUGUCAUUGGUCACACGACGUAAUGUAAUCGACUGAAAGGUGGCGGGGAUUUUCGGACACGCCAAGAAUCCAGAAUCCGUUCAAUCUCGCUUCUGCUUGGAGUCGUCUGGGUGCACGUUGAAACUUCGAGGCCUGCUUAUGUUAGCCUAGCCUAGUUUAGCCGCUAACAAAGAGAACAAACAACACGCUUGAGAUCUGCACGUCGCCCAGCAAGCAAACAUCCAGUCCCAAAAUGUCAGGUGUCAGUCAAGUGCAUCGUCCUGAACGCCCGGAAUCUGCUCACAUGGAAGAAGAGGAGGAGGAAGAAGAAGAGUCGCCAUACAUCAAGAAGGUGGAGGAAGAAAUUGCCCACAUUAAAGAGGAAUAUUUCAUUAGAGUUGACAACCCCCACAUUGAGGAGCAGCAGCAACCUCAUCCCCUCAAAAAGGAGGAGGAGGACCCGCUUUAUGUUAAAGUGAAGGUGGUGGACAUACCCAAGUGGACUGAUGAGACUUUGAAGGGUGAAGAUGGAGGUCCGAGUGAGGCCAGCGGAGGGGCGGAGCCUCCGAGUGGCACCAGUAGCCGUUCAAUAGAAGGAUCCCAAGCAGACAACCUCAUUCCUCGACCAUCAGAGAGUGAGGACUUCACAUCACACUCGCUGUUCUGUUUUAGAAAAUAUCUUGAGCGGCAGGAGUCAGAGUCUCCUGGCCUAAAAGAGGAAGUUGAUCACCCGCAAAUGAAAAUGGAAGAGCCAGACGACCUUCAACAGCAAAGGAGAGAAGAGCAACUUCCAAUUAAACAGGAGGAGGUAGAGCUUAGGCUAGUGGUAGAGCCAUACGUUAAAGAGGACGACGAUAUCAUCUGGCAAACUGGGGAGCCUUUGAAGAGUGAAGAGGGCCUGAAAGAGAGCAGCAGAGGAGCGGAGCCACCAAGUGGCAGCAGCAGCUCAACAGAAGGAUUGCAAGAGGACAGUUUCACUGCUCCACUAUCAGAUAGUGAAGACUCCAUGUCACACUCGCCUGACAGUGGUGAUGGUCAUAAAGCUGACAGUGACGACGAACGCAAAUGCUCUCUGUGUGGGAAAACCUUUAUUAAUAAGUAUACUUGUCGUAGGCAUUUGAGGAACCACACUGGAGAAAAACCUUUUUCCUGCUCAGUUUGUGGUCAAAGAUUCUUUCUAAGGCAUUUCUUAAAAGAACACGCAAGAAGCCACACUGGAGAAAAACCUUUUUGCUGCUCAGUUUGUGGCAAAAGAUUCUCUUCAAAAAGAGACCUAACUAAACACUCGAGAACCCACACUGGUGAAAAACCUUUUUCCUGCUCAGAUUGUGGCCAAAGAUUCACUCAAAAGCAACAUUUAAAACGGCACACAAGAACCCACACUGGAGAAAAACCUUUCCCCUGCUUAGUUUGUGGCCAAAGAUUCUCUGAAAAGGGAAACCUUAAACAACACACAAGAAAUCACACUGGAGAAAAACCCUUUGCCUGCUCAGUGUGUGGCAGAAGAUUCUCUCAUAAGGGAAGCCUAACAGAACACUCAAGAACCCACACUGGUGAAAAAAAUUUUUCCUGCUCAGUUUGUGGUCAAGGAUUCACUCAAAAGACAGGCUUAAAAACACAUGAACAAACCCACACUGGAGAAAAACCUUUUUCCUGUGCAGUUUGUGGCAAAAGAUUCAGUUCCAAGAACCACUUAACAAGACACACAAAAACACACACUGGUGAAAAACCUUUUUCUUGCUCAGUUUGUGGCCAAAUAUUUAGUUGCAAGAGCCACUUAACAACACACACAAAAACCCACACUGGAGAAAAACCUUUUUCCUGCUCAGCUUGUGGUCAAAGAUUCACGCAAAAGGAACACUUGAAAAUGCACAUAAGAACCCACACUGGAGAAAAACCUUUUCCCUGCUCAGUUUGUGGCCAAAGAUUCAGUCACAAGAGCUACUUAAAAAUACACACAAGAAUCCACACUGGAGAAAAACCUUUUUCCUGCACAGUUUGUGGAAAAAGAUUCAGUUGCAAGAGCUCUUUAAUAACACACUUUAGAACCCAUACUGGAGAAAAACCUUAUUCCUGCUCAAUUUGUGGCCAAAGAUUCUCCUCAAAUGGGAACCUAAAAAGACACACAAGAACCCACACUGGAGAAUAACCUUUUCCUUCUGAACUUGCAGUCAAAGAUUCUCUAUAAGAGAAACCUUAAUAGAACACACAAGAAUGCACACUGGUGGAAAAACCUUUUCAUGUGCUCAGUUUGUGGGGUCAGGUUAAAAGGCGUGUGCGUGUUGGCAUGAGAAGCAGUGGCCAAGGUUGGUUUCGCCUAUCCAAAACCAAUGUUUGCCUCAUCAGUUUUUGCAUGCAAGACGAUUGUAUUCUGUGGACCCUCCUCAAAUCCUGUGGAGGAUUUGCAGUUUUGGUGCUAUACAUGUGCUUUGUCAGUUCUUUAUGCCAAGUGUAUUCAAGCUACUUUCAAAAGAACUCGCUCGCCUGAUUUAGAACAAAUAUGAAUUUAGAUGAAGUUAAGUCAUGUGAUCCUUGACCAAGAUGAACUGUGGGAAAAAAAUCACAUUUUUUCUUCAUGUUGUUCGAUCAUAAUUCUCACAAUUUUGUUUACUUGAAUUUUUUCUUUUUCUUGAACUGUUACUCCUAAUUUUAAAGAACCUGCAAUGAAGUAUAAGAAGCUAGACCAGGGUUCACAAAAUCCGCACCUUGGGGCCAUGUUUCCUAUCGUGUUUUCCAAGCCCCCCCUUCUUCAACACAUCUGAAUGAUUCAAGUGUGUUAUGGGAGAGAAACUAAGACUAAAACCAGACAGUCAAACCCGUGCACUGCUCGGAUUGAUUACCAGAAGGCCCAUGACUACUCAACGCCGUAUACAUGGAUCCUGGAAUGCCUGAAGCUGUACAAGUCUCCGUCAAAUGUGGCAUAUAGUGUAUCAAGGACAUGGUAUAUCCCCUCUGCUGUUGUGCAUCGGCUUGAACCCCCUCAGCCAAUUGAUGAACACCACUGGCUAUGGAUACCGACUUAAGAAUGGGGCCACCGUCAGUCACCUCCUCCACAUGGAUGACAUCAAGCUAAAUGCUAAGAGUGAGCGAGGCAUUGACUCACUGAUCCACACCACCAGGAUCUACAGUGGGGACAUCGAAAUGUCAUUCAGACUGGAGAAAUGUGGCUGAAUGGUGACAAAGAGAGGGAAGGUAGUCUAGACAGAGGGGGUUGCACUCCCAGAGGUAAUAGAUGUUGAGAAGAGCUACAAGUACCUUGGAAUAUCACAUCACAAAGAGGCGAAAAGGAAUGCUGCAACGGUGAAGUAUCUGCAACGAGUAAGACGAGUCCUGAGAAGUCAGCUCAACGGCAAGAACAAGACCCUGUGCCAAAUGCACAUAUGGACACCCCUAUAUUUUAACAUGUUUAUUAUGGACAAACCGUGACGAGUACACAAGUGCAGUAAACGUUGUGUUUUUCGACAACAGCCCUGAAACCUGACAGAUCUAGAGAAGAUUUGUGUAGAGGAAUGUGCCAAAAUCUGGUGGAGAACUACAGAAGGUGUCUAACCUCUGUAAUUGCAAACAAAGGCUUUGCACUAAAUAUUAACACUGAUUUUCUCAGGGGUACGAAUACUUAUGAACCCCAGUCAAUUAUUAUAUACCCAAGUAAAUUAUUUUUAAAUAUCAUACAAUGUUAUUUCUGGAUUUAUUUUCAGAUAACGUCUGUAUGAGUGGUAAUGCGUCUAUGAUUGAAAUUUAAGACCUGUACCUAUUUUCUAUGUGGGUGAGCUUGCAAAAUCACAAGGGUUGCAAAGACUUUUGCUGCUCACUGUGCAAAUGUAUAUAAUAUGGCGGAAAACACUCAGGUGACUUGAAGUUCCGCUCUGAGACCCCCAAGUUGGCCAACUUUCAAAAUUGCCGGAUAUGCACGUGUGAUACAUCACUGGAAAGCUAAAAAUCUCAUUUAAAAAAUAAAGAUUUAAACAGUGAAACCCUAUCUGUAGGUGAGAGCAUGAAAGAGCAGAAUUAAAGACGGCAUGACUUUAACGAGAUAUCGCGACCUACCUUGUUUCAAUCCAAAAACUCCAUGUAGCAUGUAUCACUGAGUGUCAAGACACAGCUCUGAAUGGCCACAGCUGGAUUCUUUUGGGAUUUAAUGGGUGAAACAUGGUAAUACAACAAGGGUCGUGAUGCAGAAAUCGCAGACAUCAAGGAUUGGUCGAGAUUUUUUCAUAUAUUUACCCUUUUAAACGUUUUCCAUUUUUCUUUGUUUGGAUCGAUUAUUUAUUAUCUAACAUAUUGGAGAAAAUGUGACCGUAACCAAAAAAAGUACCAUUAAGCGAUAGUUAUGAGGUAGAUACAGUGGGGGGAACAAGUAUUUUAUACACUGCCGAUUUUGCUGGUUUUCCCACUUGCAAAGCAUGUAGAGGUCUGUAACUUGUAUCAUAAGUUCUCUUCAACUGUGAGGGACGGAAUCUAAUACAAAAAAACACAAAAUCCCGUUGUAUAAUUUUUAAAUAAUACAUUUGUAUUUAAUUGCAUGAAAUAAGUAUUUGAUACAUCACAAAAAUCGAACUUAAUAUUUGGUACAGAAACCUUUGUUUGUUAUUACAGAUACCAAAGGUUUCCUGUAGUCCUUGACAAGGUUUGCUCACACUACAGCAAGGAUUUUGGCCCGCUCCUCCAUGCAGAUCUUCUCCAGAGCCUUCAGGUUUCGGGGCUGCUGCCGGGCAACACGGACUUUCAGCUCCCUCCACGGAUGUUCUAUCGGGUUCAGAUCUGGUGACUGGCUAGGCCACUCCAGGACCUUAAGAGGCUUUUAACGGAGCCACUCUUUAUUUGCCUUGGCUGUGUGCUUUGGGUCGUUGUCAUGCUGUUCAAACAGGUGCAGUUACUUCCGGUAAUGAGUGGAGAACAGGAGGGCUUCUUAAAAAAAGAACUAAGAGUCGAAAUAUUUACUAGUUGGUAAUGUAUCAAAUACUUAUUUCAUGCCGUUAAAUACAAAUUAUUUAAAAAUUAUACAAUGUGAUUUUCUGGAUUUUUGUAUUAGAUUCCGUCCCUCACAGUUGAAGAGAACUUAUGAUACAAAUUACAGACCUCUACAUGGCUUGCAAGUGGGAAAACCAGCAAAAUCGGCAGUGUAUCAAAUACUUGUUCUCCCCACUGUAUCCGUGACUUUUUUACAGACACCAUUAUUUUUUUUACGAAAUAUUAGACAUCAAUUCAUGAUUCUAAGCUAAAAAUGAGACAUUUUUAAUAAUAAAUAUAAUUAAUUACCUUCGUUUUAUACUGUGUUGAAACAAAAGCAGUUGCGCGACGUCUGUAAACGGCAGUUUCCAGGGUAAAACGAAUAAAUUAAAAAUCGUUCGGGGGCUUAAUGCGCCAUGAAUCUGCAAUGGCAGCAUAUAGAGAUAUUGUUCUAUCAAACAACAGUUUUUUUGGCGUAAAAUACAGCAAUUUCUUUUAAAGAGGAGUGCAAGAGCAGAAACUACAUUUUCAGUCUUUUCUGUUUUCCGCCAUGUAUAUAUAUAUAUAUAUAUAUAAAUUGCAUUCUGUAACUUCUUUAGGGUCUGUUUGUACCCUUAUUAAAAGGUUGCAAUUUUGUAUUAUUGUCUGGAGAAAAAGAAAUAUCCACCCAAAACACUGUAAUGCUUCUAGUAGGUACACAUCUUUAUUUCAAAGGGGUAUAUACUGUAUGUAAACAUAUACAUAUACAGUGGGGAGAACAAGUAUUUGAUACACUGCCAAUUGGUUUUCCCAUUGGCAGUGUAUCAAAUACUUGUUCUCCCCACUGUAUAUUUAUAUGUAUGUAUUUUGACUUCCAAUAUUUGUUCAAUUACUUGCUCUAGACAAAACAUUUAAAUAUGGAUUUAAUGUUAUUCCGUUUCCAACCAUUUUAGAGUGUUCACAUGAAAAUUUUGUCUGCCUGUAUAAUGAACUCUUACUGUAGCCUACCAGAUCUGACAUGUAGUGGUUGUGAUUGUGUUGUCUACUUUGCAUCAUCAACCGUUUUGUUCUUGCUAGGGUCAUUAUAGUUGGCAAGUUUCUCAUUUCGCUUUGAAUUUCCAUCUUGCUCCAAACUAAGAGCUGCAUAGAUCUAUCGCUUCAGUGCACUCAAAAUAUAGAUUAUGAUUAAAUGUGACCAAAAUUACUCAUAUGUCAUACAUUUCCAUGUAAGUAUACAGAUUGCUAUACACUGACUCUUACUCCUUGACGAGAGUGAUACUCACUGCUUGCAAAGUCGAGCUAGCAAGUCAAAACUGGUCAUCUGCCAGUCCUCACAAAUACAGACAUUAUACAGAGAUACAUUGUGUAUCUCUUAUUGUGUUUUUAAUAAUACUUUAAAAUAGGCUAAAUGACAGUCAUAUUAGCCACAUCAGAGUACUUUUUUUUUAAUGCCUCAUCAGAUUUAUAUGAGAGUACUGGACUUUGCCCAUACUUGAACCCGUUCUUGUAUGUCCACAUCUGGAAGUUCAGUCACAUUGAUUGCUUCCAGCAGCAUUUUCACUCUAAUGUGCUGAACUGCCAUUUCAGAGCCUCACAUUGUGUGCAGCUGUAAACUGUAUUCAAAGUAAUUCUAAAAUUGACAUAACAUUCGCGUUCGAUGCACUUUAUUGUUGUACUAUAUAGUAGUGAUGGGUCCGUGAGACCUCAUGAAGCGUGUCGACACAGUGACACACUGUGUUGACACAGUGUGGAUUAGGAGUGGGAACCUCAGGGCACCUCACGAUACGAUACGAUUCGCGAUACAAGGCUCACGAUAACGAUUAUAUCACGAUACAGCGAUUAUCGAUGUAUUGGUCAGAAAUUGGAUACAUGAAAUUCUACGAUACAACUGUUGAAACGGAAAAAAAAAAAAAAGAUUUGAAAAUAGAAAAAAAUACUGUUUAAGUCAUUUAUUAAACAGUGACACCUUUUCUGUGCAACAUUGCUGUAAAAUAUAAAUCUACUGCAAAUUGUGCCCCUGCACAUAUAGAGGAAACCAACCACGACCACUGAUAUCGCUUGGAGAGAUCAAAAAAUAAAUAAAAAGUGCCGUAGGUGUCAGCAGUUGAGCUUGGAGUGGGGCAAUGAUAAAAUUGGUGGGUCUUUUCUUCGUAUAUGAACUUUGUUGCUUGGUUUGAGCACUUCCGCUAUCUGCUUCAGCAAUUUAGAUGUCAGACUUGCUCAGUCACAGUCUUCCUCACCUUAAAAAAAACAAAAUAAAACAAAAAAUAUUAGCUACUUCAUAGCGUUUGAGUUGAAAUCCUGAUUUUUUUUGUGUGUUGGAAGUAUUGAAUUAAAAAAAAUAUGAAUUGAAUGUAUAGAAAUUAAAAAUACAAUAAUUACCUAUUUUUAAUAUGUAGGCUACAUCAAUAAUUACCUAUUUUUAAUAUGUAGGCUACAUUAAUUAUCAUGCACAUCACUUUAUAUAUCUUGGAACCUAUUCAAACCAUUUUUAUAGCUUAUUGUAUCAAAAUGACAGUAAUAACAGUUUGUCUAGUAAACUAGAUGGAAAUUGGUUCUCAAAUAAAUCGGUAAAUUCAUGUGGGCUUGUUCGAUAUUCAUUUUCAUCCAGUUUAGGGUCCUGGUUUAUUUUAUAUCAUUCAACACCAAAUGUCAUCAAAAUAAUACACGUAAAUUAAAAAGUCAAUUACAUUGCAAAACUUUCUUACCUCAAGUGAUGAAAGCAAAGCUCACAAACUCCAGUGUCCACUACGUCACCAGCUCCCAGUGAAACUUAUUUUUCUUAGACAAUUCUUGCAUACAGCAAAGUCCUUGUUCACCUUGCUUCCUUUCUUGUUGGUGUAAAAUCUAAAGUGUGUCCCCAUGUGUGAUUUGUAGCAAUAUUUUUCUCAUUUUUUCCCUCCACCGUUCUCACGGAGCUUUUUUAUUUUUUCAACCUACUUGGAGCUUCUCUUCUUCUCUAGACAACUUGUGCGCACUUUACCCUCACCGCUACUCCCGAGCGCCCCUAGUGGACCGCCAAGGAAUUGCUCAACAAACAUUGAGCAGUUUACAGCAUCCAUACUCCAUUGUAUGGCCAAUAUGUUAAAUAAAAGUAUCGAUUCUUGGCGGGAGCAUAUCGAUAACCCAUCGGGUUGCAAAAUAUCGCGAUAUAUCGCUGUAUCGAGAUAUUGUCACACUCUUAGUGUGGAUACUGUGUCAUUGAAUACUGACACCUGCUGGACAUAAAUAAUCACUACAGGCAACCCACUUGACAGACUGACACUGAAUUGACGACAUAGUAAAAUCAAAUCAUUUAAGUCUUUGCAUUCGUAUUGCAUUAUUCCAUAUCUUUAAAUUAUGUGAACAUAAAUUAUAAUGUGAAAAUGUAAGUAAUAAUGAAUGGGUGAAUGAGGAUGCUUGUGGACUUUUUGUUCUGAUAAAAUGUUAUUAAAAAAACAUAGCUUUUUUUAAUGUUUAAAAUUUAGUUGGUUCCUUUUUAUCUAUUUUUUUAAAACAAGCAAUUUCACCUGCUGUGGACAACACACACUCGCAUGAACCAACGGUGCCAGCAUGCACAAGAAUUUCUCAGCCACUUGAAAGAGGUUUGGAUAAGAUAUCCAUUGGCUCCUCCAGUAUUGAAGUAAAUCUGCAUUGCGUGCCAUGUUCGGCUCAGCCAUUCAUCGUUGCACUUUUGCAAUUUCAUCUACAGUUGCAUUGCCUCCUUGACUCCCCACUUCGUCAUCUAAGUGCUACCAUAGCCCAUCAGAAAAAAAUUGAAGUGGACAAUAAAUAAAUUAUAGCUUAAUUACCGAUUUCUAAUAAAUUACCAAAAAAGCUACUGUGGGUAGGUAAAGGAAUGGCUCUAUAGCUGUGUUUAUCUUGGGAUUAUCAGAAACUUAAUUCUCAUGCUUGGCCCAAUAAUGCUUCAACACUAGCCACGUUUACAUGCUGACUUUUAUUCAUACCGAUUCAAAUCAUUCUGAAUGGAAAUUUCACAUCAGCUGUUUACAUGUCACUUCAUCUAUUCCGGUCCAGCGUUUACAUGUGUCUGCCUUUAUUCUGAAAGGACGUUUGACAACUGCCGUCUGACAUGCGCGGAUUAAUCAAAACAAAGCGUCACGUUGCAAAACAUGGAGAUCGAUCGUCAGAUCAGCUGCUGUUUUAACUUUUCGAGUGGAAACAAAACUUCAGAAUGACACGCCGUUCAUUUAAAAAGUUGUGUGGGUGCGCUGUGCGUGUGCUUGGAAGCCAUGUUGCAAGUGACGUUACUUGCGUCACAAAGUGACGUCACCACGUCAGUACGGAGCAUGUGCAGAAAGAACGCAACCAGACACCAUUCCGCUUCCCUGUUUACAUGAUAUAAUUUUACUUCUAAUCGGUUUGGGAAAAGGAAUAUUCCACCCCUGUGAAUCGGAAUGAAAUUCCAUUCGGUUUGGGCCUGUUCAUUCCGAAUGAGGUGUUUAUAUGGAACACAUUUAUUCGGUUUGAACAAAUAUUCCGAUUGUAAUUGGAAUAUUUGGCUCCAUGUAAACGUGGCAAUUGAGGAGGUGGCUACUGUUUGUAUAUGACAGGUUGAAAGUACAAAUACAUUUCCCCUGAGAAAAAAAUCGUUAACAAUAGGUCCUAGUUACUUGGAGCUGCACGCCACGAUCCGUUCAGACCUGAAUUCGUACCCAUGCGCAUUACUUGGGGAGGACGAAUGGCGAGCGCUAUUACCACCAAGCCAGUGGGUUAAAUGCUGUUGGAGUCUCUUGAAGGCACCAAAAGGGGAUAUUUCCUCGCACCGCAAAUGACGGACCCGCGCCUACCUUUCACACUAAUAAACUAAAAGAGUUACCUUAAAAUUAAUUGUAUUUUGAAUGGAAGAUGACUAGUGAGUUUUCCCUGUGUUACGUCCGUUUCCACAGCAUGUAGACAACGAGGAAGUAACCGUGAGAUGUGGAUUGUUUCAGCAGCUCCAUCGCGUUGACAGACGCGCUUCCUUUUGAACCAGUUUGCCGCGUCAUGACUGUGUCGACACAGUUCAAUGAGUUCAUGCAUCGGUCACGUGAUUUUCUUGUAGCGAUACGCGCACCGACGCAGGGUUUGCUCCAUGAGCUCGGUGCGCGCGCCGGCGCAUUAGUAUCACUGGACCCAUCACUACUAUAUAGAGUGGAGCAAAUAAGUAUUUAGUCAACCACUAAUUGUGCAAGUUCUCCCACUUGAAAAUAUUAGGCCUGUAAUUGUCAACAUGGGUAAAC